AUGUCCUGCCCACCCCACAGCCACUAUGAGGUAUGUGCGGACACCUGUGCCAACGCCUGCCCCGGCCUGGCGGAGGUCGCGCAGUGCCCCAGCACCUGCACCGAAGGCUGUGAGUGUGACGCUGGCUACCUGUUCAACGGCGAGAGCUGUAUCCAGGAGGACCAGUGCGGCUGCUAUGACAACGGACGCAGCUACAAGGCAGGGGAGGUGGUGUACGAUGACGACUGCAAGCAGAAGUGCACGUGCGACGCCCUUAAAGGUCUGACCUGCCAGGCUCACACCUGCCCCAGCGGAACCAAGUGUCUGGUCAGGAAGGGGGUGAAGGCAUGCUUCAAUACAGAUCCCUGCAAGGACGCCAAGUGCCGGGUGAAGGAGACGUGCCGGGUGGAGAAGGGCGAGGCCGUGUGCGUGCCCCAGUACCACGGGACGUGCUGGGCCUGGGGCGACCCCCACUACCACACCUUCGACGGGCUCAACUUUGACUUCCAGGGCACCUGCAAGUACACCGUCUCGCAGACCUGCGGGGCCAACGCGGCCGGCCUGGUGCCCUUCUCCAUCCAGGAGCGCAACGACAACCGCGGCAGCACCGCCGUCUCCUUCGUCAGGGAGGUGGACGUCACCGUCUACGGCUACACCUUCACCCUGGUCAAGCACCAGUACGGCCGAGUCAUGCUGGAUAACGAGGUGCAGAACCUGCCCCUCCAAAUGGACCGGGACCUGGUGACGGUGACCCAGCGCGGGCGCACGGCGGUUCUGCAGACCAACUUCGGGCUGCGCGUCACCUACGACUGGAACUGGAAGCUGGUCAUCGAGCUCCCCAGCAGCUACUACGACAGCGUGUGCGGCCUGUGCGGGAACUUCAACGGCGACCGCAAGGACGAGCUGCGCAACCCCGCCGGCAAGCCCGUGGCCUCCGUCAUCGACUGGGGCAAGAGCUGGAGGGUGCCCGACCCCCAGGACCCCAACUGCUGGGACCAGUGCCAGGCGGGCUGCCCCACCUGCAACCAGAACCAGCGCAAGCUCUACGAGACGGAGGCGCUCUGCGGCGCGCUCACCAACAAGGUGGAUGGCGCGUUCAAGAGCUGCCACGACAAGCUGGACCCGCGGGCCUUCAUGGAGAACUGCGUCUACGACAUGUGCCUGCACAAGGGCGAUAAGAAGAUGCUGUGCCAAGCGCUGGAGUCCUACAGCGAGAUGUGUCUGCAGGAGGGGGUCGUCAUCAAGGGCUGGAGGACCAAGUUCGGCUGCCCCAUGAGCUGCCAGCCCCACAGUCACUACGAGGAGUGCGCCAGCCCCUGCCCGCUGACCUGCCCGUUCACGGACGGCGACCGCCCGGCCUGCAAGGCGCUGUGCUCGGAGGGCUGCGCGUGCGACAAGGGCUACGCCCUGAGCGCGGGGAAGUGCGUGCCCGAGAAGGCGUGCGGCUGCUCCUACCAGGGCCGCUACUACGAGCCGGGGCAGAGCUUCUGGGCCGAUGGGGGCUGCCACCAGCUGUGCGUGUGCGACGCCGCCCUGCGCAUGGUGGUGUGUCGCCCCGAGGGCUGCAAGGCCACGGAGCGCUGCGCGCUGGAGGGCGGGGUGCGGGCCUGCCGCCCCCUCAGCUACUCCACCUGCUCGGCCGCCGGGGACCCCCACUACCUCACCUUCGACGGGCGCCGCUUCAACUUCCAGGGCACCUGCGUGUACCAGCUGGCGGCGCUGUGCUCCAAGGACCCCAGCCUGGCCGCGUUCGAGGUGACGGUGCAGAACGACCACCGCGGGAGCAAGGCCGUGUCCUACACCAAGGUGGUGACGGUGAAGGUGUACGGCGUCACCGUCACCAUCAGCAAGGACUACCGCUUCAAGAUCCUGGUGGAUGGGCAGUUCACCUCCAUGCCCUUCCAGUUUGACGGCGAGAGGCUCCAGGUGUUCCGCAGCGGCUGGACCGCCGUGCUGGAGACCGCGUUCGGCAUGCGUGUCACUUUCGACUGGAACAGCGUGGUGACGGUCACCCUCCCCAACACCUACCAGGGCGCCGUCUGUGGCCUGUGCGGCAACUACAACCGUAAUCCCGGCGACGACGGCACACUGCGCGAUGGGAAGGCGGCGGGGAGCGAGGCCCAGCUGGGGGAGAGCUGGAGGGUGGGCACGGUCCCUGGCUGUGUCUCCGGCUGCACGGGGCCCCUCUGCCAGGCCUGCUCCGGCUCCCAGCUCCAGCCCUACCGUGCCCAGCGCUACUGCGGCAUCAUCGCCGACAAGGCCGGGCCCUUCCGUGACUGUCACGCCCGCCUGGACCCCGCCCCGUUCCUGGAGGACUGCGCCUACGAUGCCUGCCACUUCAAGGGCCGCCAUAGCGCCGUCUGCCAGGCGAUCGCCGCGUACGUGGAGCGGUGUCAGAGCAUGGGCGUGGCCGUGCGCUCCUGGAGGAGCGACUCCUUCUGCCCGGCCUCCUGCCCCAAGAACAGCCAUUACCACCUCUGCUCCCCGGGCUGCGCCACCACCUGCGCCGGCACACCCACGCGCUGCUCCCUGCCCUGCCGGGAGGGCUGCCGCUGCGACGAGGGCCAUAUCCUGAGCGGGGACGCCUGCGUGCCACUGGCAGAGUGCGGCUGCACCUAUGGGGGGCGCUACUACAAGAAGUGCGAGGUCUUCUACCCUCGCGGCCAGUGCCAGGAGCGGUGCAAGUGCGGCGAGAACGGCGCCAUCCAGUGCGACAAGUUCAAGUGUGCCGCGGGCGAGGCCUGCAAGGUUGUGGGCGGGGUGGGCGGGUGCCACCCCGAGGGGGAGGGGAAGUGCGUGGCCUCUGGAGACCCCCACUACAUCUCCUUCGACGGGCGCCGCUUCGACUUCCAGGGCACCUGCGUCUACACCCUGGCCGAGGUGUGUGACACAGACGGGAGAAGGCUGGUCCCCUUCGUGGUGCAGGAGAGCAACGAGAAGUACGGCAACGGCAGGGUGGCCGUCACCAAGGAGGUGUCGGUGGUGGUCUACAGCUACGUCAUCACCAUCAAGCAGGGCAUGAGCUGGAGAGUCAUCGUGGACGACGAGGAGACAAACCUGCCUCUGUAUCUGGACGAGGGCCGGAUCACGGUGACCCAAGAGGGCCGGAACAUCCUGGUGCGCACAGACUUCGGACUGCGGGUUCUGUACGACACCGUGUACUACGUGGAGGUGGUGGUGCCCUCCACCUACAAGGGCAGGAUGUGCGGCCUGUGCGGCAACUACAACGGCAACAGCAGGGACGACUUCCGUCUGCCGGACGGCCGCCAGGUGGCCAGCGUGGACGCUUUCGGCAAGGCCUGGACCGCAGACCUGCCGGGGCUGGAGUGCGCGGGCUGCGGGGGGCAGUGUCCCGUCUGCAAGCAGGCCGAGGCGGCCAAGCACAGCAAGCCCGACUCCUGUGGCAUCAUCAGCUCCAGAACCGGGCCCUUCCGGGCCUGCCACACCAAGGUGGACCCCAAGCCCUACCUGCAGCACUGUGUGUUCGACGUCUGCGCCCUGGACGGUGACCGAGGGACCCUGUGCAAGAGCGUCCAGGCCUACGCCAUCGCCUGCCAGCACGCCGGGGCAGAGAUCCAUGCCUGGAGGACCACCUCCUUCUGCCCUGCCCCGUGCCCGGCGCACAGUCACUAUGAGGUGUGUGCGGACACGUGUGGCACUACCUGUGCCAGCCUGGCUGGCCCUGGCUCCUGCUCCAGCACCUGCUUUGAGGGCUGCCAGUGUGACCCGGGCUUCGUCUCCGACGGCGACAAGUGUGUGUCCAUGGAUAGCUGCGGGUGCAUCCACGAGGGCAGAUAUAUGAAGUCUGGCCAGUCGGUCGUGAGUAAGGGCUGUGAGUCGGUGUGCACGUGUUACCCCACGGGGGCAGUGCUCUGUAAGAAGCAGCAGUGUGGCAUCGGGGAGACGUGCCGCGUGCGGGACGGGGUCCGGGGCUGCCACCCCAAAGAGGGCGACUGCUCCAUCAAGCCCGGCGGCCAUUUUGGCUCCUUCGACGGCCUGGCGGGGGGCACAGACUGGCACGGGGCCUUCGAGAUGGCCUCGCUCUGCGCCCUGCAGUCAGAGCAGUGGUUCCGCGUGGUGGUGGACGUACGGCUGUGUGAGAAGGGGGGGCGGGCCACCGCGGCUGCCGUCUACGUCUUCUUCAAGGACACGGUCGUCUCUGUCAACAACCGGCGGGAGGCCUGGGCUAACGGCAGGAAGCUGUCUCUGCCCGGCUCCCCGGCGAAGGACCUGUCCGUGCGCGUGACCGACAGCGCGGUUCUGGUGGAGAGGUGGUCUUCGCUGCGCGUGACGUAUUACUUCACCCAGGAGGUGCGGGUCACCGUGGCCGUCCACCUGGCCGGGAAGGUGUGUGGUGCCUGCGGCAACUUCAACGGCAACGCCAAGGACGACCUGACCUCCGCCGCUGGCACCUCCAGCGUCAGCGUGUCCGAGGUGAUCGGGUCCUGGCACGCCGGCGAUUUCUCCCGCUGCGGCCUGUAAGACCAGCAUGCACCUGAACUGGAACCUCCCACAUUUGACAUCACAGACGAAGCCUCCUCAUCAUAAUGUCGCUUUCAUCAGAACUGGCUUCCUGUAAAAGUGUAAACCUGUCGCUUGUUCCCUCCAAUUUCGUUUCCCUACCUGAGGGCCUUGUUUCUCAACUCUUCUCAUCCAUCACUAUGUACGGAGUGGAUGGAGUUGUGUUGUACAUUUUUUUUAACUAGGUUUUUUAAUUGUAUUUGGGUGGGGGGACAUGAAUCUUUCAUUUUCUGCCUGGAAUUUAUAGAGGUAAUAAUUUCUUGGAUGUUUACUGAAAGUAACAAAUAAAGAAGCCAUUGAACCAG